AUGGCCAGUUGGUCGAAGGAUAAUCUUUUACAGUUUAUAGAGGAGUUUAGGAAACAUGAAUGUGUAUGGAAGGUUAAGUCAAAAGACUAUCACAAUAGGGAAAAGAAGGAAGCAGCCCACCGUAGUUUACUAUUAGUAGUGAAAGGGUUUGACAGUACUGCAACAAAAAGCGAUGUGUUGAAGAAGAUAAACAAUAUCAGAAGUGCAUUUCGUAAGGAACAAAGAAAGGUAACAGCCUCUCAACGUUCUGGCAGUGGUACAGACGAUAUAUAUGUACCAAAGCUGUGGUACUACAGAGAACUUUUGUUUCUUAUUGACCAGGAAGAAUGUCUAGGAGGGACUUCCAACUUAGGAGAAGGAAGAGUCAGUGAAGACGAGGAGAUGCUGGACGAUUCACAAAAAGAACCAUUAGAUGCUGAGGAAAAUGUACCAGCGCCCCAAUCUCUACAGAAUCCUCCUCAAGUUGCUCGAACCGCUUCCAAUAUUACCUCUGCAACACCUGAACCUAAAGAUUCUUUUAAACGGCAAAAAAAAAUUGUCCCCGUGUGAUCAAGUCUUGGUUAAUAUUGGACAACGACUGGCAACAACAAAAGAAGAAGAUCACUACGACGCCUUUGGGAAGAACGUUGCUCAAAAGCUGAGAUUGCUGAACAAUGAGCAAAGGAUUUAUGCGCAGAAAAUCAUUAAUGAUGCCCUGUUUGAAGCAGAACUAGGUGGACUAACACGAUUUGCUACAGUUAACCCAGGUAUUCUUUACUCAAGUUCCACAACACCAUCGGCAGCUAGUGUUACCCCAAGUUCAGGAG